AUGUCGCACUCUAACCUGCCCAGGGCGGUGGCUCUCCAAUAUAUCCACCACAGUCACCGCGAACAACAAACGAUAAAUCAAGAUAAAAGAUGGCCAGGCUGGGAAGUUGUUGUAGGCAUAGAGGUUCAUGCACAGCUCAAGUCGCGGCAAAAACUGUUUUCUGGUCACUUUUUUACAUCUUAUACGUGGACAUCUGAUCCAAGCGAAGCACCUAACACACGUGUAUCAUCAUACGACGCUGCUUUUCCAGGGACAUUGCCCAAACUAAACACAAAAUGUGUUCAACUUGCAAUCAGGACUGCGCUGGCACUCAACUCUGAUAUCCAAACAAGGUCUACAUUUGAUAGGAAACAUUACUUCUACCCUGACCUUCCUUCAGGCUACCAGAUCACUCAGCGUUAUGCUCCGUUGGCAAAAGGUGGUCACCUUACCCUCCCAAAAUCAAAUAUAGCAGUUCGCAUCAAUCAGAUCCAGCUCGAACAGGACACUGCCAAAUCAACAUUUGAUCAUCGCAGACGCGUCUCAUAUAUCAACCUCAACAGAGCGGGCACAGGCCUGAUGGAGAUUGUGUCCGAGCCUGAUAUGCGCUCCCCAGAAGAAGCCGGAGAGUAUGUUCGGACUCUCCAAGCAGUCUUGCGUUCUGUAGGCUCAAGUGAUGGGAAUAUGGAACAGGGAUCAUUGCGCUGCGACGUGAAUGUAUCCGUUAACCGUACGGGUAACCCUCCUGGAACCCGCUGCGAGAUCAAAAAUCUGAACAGCAUCAAGUUUCUCAUGAUUGCUAUCACCUCAGAAGUCUUCCGCCAGACCGAGCUACUCGAGAGCGGAGGUGUCGUCCAACAAGAAACACGUGGAUUCGACGAGGCUAAGGCUGAGACGUUCAAGCUGAGGAGUAAAGAAGAUGCCCCUGACUAUCGAUACAUGCCCGAUCCCAACGUACCACCUCUCCUCCUCACUGAGGACUAUAUCCACACCAUUCGAAAGUCUAUGCCUGCCCUCCCUGACGCGACGCGCGCAAGGCUUCUCUUACAGGGCCUAUCAGAAAGAGAUGUCGACGUGCUUAUGGCUAUCGACUCUGGCCGCGAGGUCGGGUGGGAUGGAGAGUUAGGGGGAGGGGCAGUCGCUUAUUUUGACAGCCUCGCAAAUGGACGAGAAGGAAGGGUCGUUGUUAAUUGGAUGACCCACGAACUCCUGGGCCAGCUCACUGCAUGCAAUCAGACGUUUGCGGGUAACCCAGUUUCAGUUGCGCAAUUGGGAGAGCUGAUUGAUAUGGUGCAAGACGGGAGAAUCACAGGGACCUCCGGAAAAACUCUCCUCCGCCACAUCAUCACCCACCGGUCUUCGUCAUCGCCUUCUCAGCUCGCUGCAGAGCUCGGGCUGAACGCGCUCGACGAAGGUGAUGAUGAUUCAGUUUUGAGAAAUCUGUGUCGGGAUGCGAUGAACGUGAUGCCUGAGGAGGUGGGCGUGCUGAGGCGGGGUGGGAGCAGGGGUGUGUUGAAUAAGAUUGUGGGACGGGUGAUGAAGGCGAGCCGGGGGAGGGCUGAUGCGGUGAAGGUGAGGGAGAUGUUGGAGGAGAUAUUGGCAAAGGAGGGAUCGUGAUGCAUCAGUACAGCCAUAUUUCUAUCUAUGGUUCCUCUCCAUCUCACCAUGUAGCGAUUGCACUGGUUGGAAAUGGAAGGAAGCAUGUGAUGUGGGAAGGAAUGACUCUUUGUGGUAUCGUUGGGUAUAGUGGGGUCGUGAUUUGGUAUAACAGCUAUAAACAUCAUUACACCUUCGAUAAACUGCCCAACACCAGCUAAUGCAUUACACGAUUACUGUUAUCUAUUAAUCAGUGUAUCUACUUAGAUAUGUUUAUACUUUUCAGUGAUCAAUGCUUCCUAACAUCUAGCAAUCGUCAACACGUCGACGAAUGGUCUCGAAACCACUGCUCGCGAGCUUUCCGUCAGGCCAGGUCGUCAAGGAACGUUCGAAGAUAUUCAAGCAUCUUCAAGGUCAAACCAGUGGAGAAGUUCCUCGUUUGGUCGUUAAAAAUAUCAGAUACGACCCCUCAACGAUAGAAUGCACUGUCGAUGUACGGCGUUAUCUGGAUAUUUCAGAUGUACCCGAGUCUUGUACAGGAUAUGACGCAUCAUACGUACACGCUUCAGAAGCUAGUGUCGCAUUACAGCUUCAUGCGGCUGUAGUCCCCAAAAUAUCGAACCUAGGGUACAAACACCGGUGCCCUCGCGGCCUUCCUCGACCGCACACCAGACAAAAACCUCGUCUCCUUCAAAACAGCGCUUGACCUAUGAGCGGGAAUUGUGCUCAGCUCCUGAACUCAGCCUUGGACUGGAAAUACCUGAAGCUGUGCGGAGACGGCAAUUUGACCCAGUCAAGAAUUUGCUAUAUUUGAUGCCUAAGAGACUGGAUGGCGCAAUUUUGGCUGCGAUUUGUUUGAGGCAUGGAAUACUGGAUCGAAUAGAAAAGGUGAGCCAGGGACAUAGUAAGGUAGAGACGAGUUUGCAAUAGGUUUUUUUUUUCCAGUGACGAGCCAAGCAGGUUGGAUGUCAAAGGCCAAGUGUUUCUGGUAUUUGUGGACCG